UGGUCAUCAUCACUCUCUUUUGUUUGUUUGUUUGGUGAAAGAGAAACAUUAGAGCGAGGUCCACCGUCGUCGUUUCCGCAGCGUUGACAGAGCUGUCGCCAGAGCACCAUGGCGCAGGCCCUGCGGUUGUUUUUGCUGCUCCUGUUUCAGUUUGCAUUCCAAUCUGCUACGUCAAACGUGUGUGGUAGGCCGGUUCUGGACGAGCACAUCCAGAUAAAGGAUCUCCAGCGGAUCUUCAACCCUGGCAAGCAGAUGGCUCUCAUGUGUGAACGAGGAUAUUCACCGACAGAUGGAGCCAGAACCAUCAUAUGCCGUGACAGCGGGUCGUGGAGCAAGACGAUGUUUAGCUGCAAACCUAACUACUGCCCCAUCCCCAGCCCACUACUCCACGGAGAGACAAUAUUUACAGACCGCAAAUACAUGAGUAAAUUGGAGUAUGUCUGUAAUGAGGGGUACACCCUGGAGGGAACUGACAGCUCCGAAUGCUUAUACAACGGAAGAUGGAACGGCUCCGCCCCCGAGUGCAAACCGGUGACCUGUGGGCUACCUCCUAUUCCAAAGUAUGCCCAACUGACCUACGAAAUGAUCUUCACGGAUAACCCCUCUGUGUACGGCGAUGUCGUCUCCUACCAGUGUCUUCCACCCCUCGCCCUCUUUGGCAGCAAGACCGCCACUUGCACCCACCAGGGUGUCUGGAGCGAGCCACCCGUCUGUCGACUUGUUUCCUGCCCUCCUCCACCCAGCAUCUCUAACGGCUACAUGUCCGCCAGCAUCCUCACGAAGCACUAUUUCAAGGAGACAGUCCGCUAUGACUGUGAUCCCGGCUACACACUGGAGGGAGUGUUUGAAAUUGAAUGUGCACAAUCAGGCCAAUGGACGUCUGAACCGACUUGCAAGGCUCCGUGCAAUGUCGGGGUCGACAGAGGACGUAUCUUAUAUCAAGGGGAGAAACUUUGGUUACAGAAUCUAAAGGACAACAGAGUUCUUCACAAGGACAUGGUCUCCUUCUACUGCAUGAACAAGAAGGAUGAGUGUGGUUACGCUGUCCCAAUCCAGUGCAUAGAUGGAAAACUCAAUAUCCCAGAAUGCUUUGAAGAACCCAGCGUUGAAGUCUACAAAGAGAAGUCCAGCUCUCUUCCAUCAGAAAUAAAACAAUGCUGAAACACAUGAGUACUGGAAAAAUCAGAUUCAUCAACCACUUAUUGUGUAACUGAAUGAAACUGUGAAGCUGUUCUGUGAAACAAGAACAAUAAAAUGUGAAAAUAAAUGUUCACUUUCAAUAACGAAUAGGAGAAAAAGGGAACCUUUAUCCAUAACAGAGAUACAUUCAAUGUGAAAAUAAAAUAAAUGGUCACAAGAGGUCAGUGUUGUACAACUGAACUGGUUUUGCGAGCACAGACACAUGCGUGCAUAAGCACACACACACACACACACACGCACAUGCACCUCUCCUCUUAUUAAUAUAAUAACAACCAUACGGGCCACUUCCAGUCGCAGAGCAUG